AUGGCUAUGAGUAAGAUCAGGGGGCCUUUGCGGUCCCCAGAAAAGGAGAGACCUUCGAAUUGCGAGCUGGUCUUAUCUCAAUAUGCAUAUGAACGGAAGGAAUCCAUUCAGAAGACCAUCAUGGCCAUGACGUUGGGCAAGGACGUUUCCGCUCUGUUUCCGGAUGUCCUCAAGAACAUUGCGACCAGCGAUCUCGAGCAGAAGAAACUAGUCUACCUCUACCUCAUGAAUUACGCCAAAUCUCACCCGGACCUUUGCAUUCUCGCCGUCAACACCUUCGUACAAGACUCCGAAGACCCGAACCCCCUCAUUAGGGCUCUUGCGAUCCGGACAAUGGGAUGUAUCCGUGUGGACAAGAUGGUGGAUUAUAUGGAGGAGCCCCUUCGCAAGACGCUUCGCGAUGAGUCGCCAUAUGUCCGGAAGACCGCCGCGAUCUGUGUAGCGAAGCUCUUCGACCUGAACCCCGCUAUGUGCCUGGAAAACGGCUUCCUUGAGAUGCUGCAAGAGAUGAUUGGGGAUCCUAAUCCCAUGGUUGUCGCCAACUCUGUCACCGCACUGUCAGAAAUCUACCAUGCUGCCCCUGAAACGCAAGCCCUCAAGGUUACUUCCAACACUCUGCGCAAACUUCUCAUGGCCUUGAACGAGUGCACGGAAUGGGGUCGAGUCACGAUUUUGACUACUCUGGCCGAGUACAGAACCAACGAAGUGACUGAAUCUGAACACAUUUGCGAAAGGGUUGCUCCCCAAUUCCAACAUGCCAAUCCCAGUGUUGUCCUGGCGGCCGUUAAAGUGGUAUUCCUCCAUAUGAAGAACGUCAACUAUGAGCUGGCGAAGAACUACCUGAAGAAGAUGGCUCCCCCGCUUGUAACGCUGGUGUCGUCGGCGCCCGAAGUCCAGUAUGUGGCUUUACGGAACAUUGAUUUGUUGUUGCAGAAGCAGCCUGAUAUCCUGAACAAGGAACUGCGGGUCUUCUUCUGCAAGUACAAUGAUCCACCUUAUGUUAAGUUCCAGAAGCUGGAGAUCAUGGUCCGCAUAGCCAACGACCGCAACGUCGACCAGCUCCUGGCAGAGCUGAAGGAGUACGCGCUGGAGGUGGACAUGGACUUUGUGCGCCGUGCCGUCAAAGCUAUCGGUCAGGUCGCCAUUAAGAUCGAGAGCGCCAGCGAAAAGUGUGUCAACACCCUGCUGGACCUCAUUAACACCAAGGUCAAUUAUGUGGUACAAGAGGCGAUCGUGGUCAUCAAGGACAUCUUCCGCAAAUAUCCCGGCUACGAAGGAAUCAUUCCCACUCUCUGCAAGUGCAUCGAUGAACUGGAUGAACCUAAUGCGCGCGCUGCGCUCAUCUGGAUCGUUGGUCAGUAUGCGGAGAAGAUCAGCAACGCGGGUGACAUUCUUGCUGGUUUCGUGGAAGGCUUCAAUGAGGAGUUCUCUCAGACCCAGCUGCAGAUCUUGACCGCUGUCGUCAAGCUCUUCCUCAAGCGGCCCGAGAAGGCUCAGGGGCUUGUCCAGAAAGUGCUGCAGGCGGCCACGGCUGAGAAUGACAACCCCGAUGUCCGCGAUAGGGCUUACGUGUAUUGGCGUUUGCUGUCCAACACGAGCGACCCGAAUGCUACGAAGAACAUCGUACUGUCUGACAAACCGCCGAUUGUCACCACAAUCCACUCUCUUCCCCCGAAUCUCCUCGAUCAGCUACUGAGCGAACUCUCCACCCUCGCAUCUGUCUACCACAAGCCUCCGGAGCAAUUCGUUGGACAGGGCAGAUUCGGUGCAGAUGCCGUACAAAGAGCUGCCAUCGAGGAACAAAUCCAAAACGCUCGCGAGAAUCCGUUGGCGGCAGCGGCGGCAGCAGCAGCUGUUACUGGCAGUGCUCCGCCUCCGCAAGCCCAGAGCAACAUCGAGAACUUGUUGGAUAUCGACUUCGAUGGCACCGCGCCGGCAUCUGCUCAGAAAGAACCGGGCGCUGGGAUGUCAGGUCUCGAAGGCCUUGCUGGAACGCCCGUGCGGGUGGAAUCUCCGGCCGCAGGGGCACCUUCUGGAAGCAACAACCUGGACGACCUGCUCGGAGUGUUUGGCGAUGGCGCCGCCGCCGCCGCCGCCCCCCCAGCCAGCGGGAGCGGUGCUCCCAGUGGCGGUGCUGGUGCAGACUUGAUGAAUGGCUUUGAGGGGCUGGACCUGUCUGGAGGUGGCAUGGCUUCACCACCUCCUGGAGGAAGCCAACCAAAGAAGACAAACGAGGAUAUUCUGUCGUUAUUCUGAGCGCAAUGAGCCAUGUCUGUAUGAUGGCGCACGAUUUCGUAUAGCUGAAUCGCAGGUGCGGGAAGGUUGAGCCAAAAGCACACAUAAUUCUGUUGAUGCAUGCCGAAUAUAGAUCUAUUUUUCGUUACUCUAGCUUGGGGUCUAUCUUGAUACUACUCUUGUCUAUCUGCUUUUUUCCUGUUUGCCAUUCUGGGUGUUUCCGCCCACCUGUAUGUCCAUCUCAUCAUUGGACUUGACGAGCAUUGAUCUAUUCUACGUAUCCCUUACUUAAUUGCGCACUUCUUUCCCGGUCAACGCAUUCAGGAAACUUUUCCCCAACUUCAGGGGACUUGCUGACUUUGCAUUUAACCCUUCUAGCGGGGGGCCAGCAAUGCUAGUUGGUCGGAACCGAAACCCUCCCUUGUCCGGGUGAGUCACGGCUGCUCAUCCUGCCUGGACUUCCGGCAGUCUGUG